AUGGUUGCAAGACUCGCGGGCAAGAACGCCAUUGUCACCGGCGCCGCUGGCGGCGUCGGCUUGGAGACAGCGAUCCUUAUGCUCCAGGAAGGCGCUUCCGUCCUGCUGACCGACGUCAACGAGGCGGCCCUUCAGAAGGCUCUGGCUAAGGUCCAGGAGCUAGUGCCUAAGCACGAUGGGCAGGUCGCCACCCGUGUCGUCGACGUGUCCAAUGAGGCCGAUGUUGAGGCUGCGGUAGCAGCCGUUGACGGCUGGGGCGGUGUGGACGUCAUGUUCAACAACGCUGGCAUCAUGCAUCCCAAGGAUGGUGACGCCGAGGAGUGCCCGGACAACAUCUGGGACCUGACCAUGAAUAUCAAUGUCAAGGGCGUCUGGUACGGAUCCAAGCAUGCCGUCCGCUCGCUGCGCAAGCACAAGAAGACCAAGGGCAGCAUCAUCAACACCGCCAGCAAGGGCGCAGUCCUUGCACUCACUCGUGAGCUGGCAGUCGUACACGCGCGGGAGGGCUACCGCUUCAACUCACUAUGCCCAGCACCUCUCAACACUCCCAUGCUGCAGGAAUUCCUCGGUGACGACCAGGCCAAGCGGUUCAGGCGGGAGGUGCACUUUCCCAGCGGCCGCUUUGGCGAGGCGAUUGAACAGGCCUGGGCGGCAGUCUUCCUGGCCUCGGACGAGAGCAGCUUCGUAAACGCUACCGAUUUUGUCGUCGAUGGAGGCUUGACCAAGGCCUACGUGACGCCAGAAGGCCCAGCCAUCGCAGCCCCGAAAAAUCAAGGCCGAUGA